AUAAUAAUAAUAUUUACUCUUUUUCCUUUUAGUCUGCGUCGGCUUCUGCGAUAUUUCUUCUUUCGGUUUUAAUUGCUGCGUUUCUUUUUGCUGCUCAUUUUACACAAGUCAAAAUCCUCUCUCUCUCUCUCUCUCUCUCUCUCUCUAUUGGAGUUUUGAUCAACCCGACGUCGUAGGAUCUCCGACUCCAAAACCAAUUCCAAGUUGUCGUACUCUGUAGUCACUGAAAUUUGCUUAAAUGCGCGACGGCCAAGUUUUUCCCCUGCGAUUCAUGCGUCUAAGAGUUCUCUGCUGAGAAUUGUUCCACUACGAUGCAAUCAGGAUAUGACAUCAAUUAUCUGGCUGGGGAAGCUCAAAGUCGGUGGCUGAAGCCGGUUGAAGUGUUUUUCAUAUUGAAGAAUUAUGAAGAACACCAGCUCACCCACCAAAUCCCUCAAAAACCUGCUAGUGGAUCGUUGUAUCUGUUCAACAAGCGAGUGCUAAAAUUUUUCCGCAAAGAUGGUCAUAGUUGGCGUAGAAGGAAGGAUCAGAAAACUUUUGCUGAAGCACAUGAACGGCUUAAGGUUGGAAAUGUUGAAGCCCUAAACUGUUAUUACGCCCAUGGAGAGGAGAACCCUAGCUUUCAAAGGCGCAGCUACUGGAUACUGGAUCGGGAAUAUGAGCACAUUGUUCUUGUUCACUACAGAGAUAUUAACGAGAGACGACAGAGUGCUGGAUCAACAUCUCAGUUUUCAACAUCUCCUUCUACCUUCAGUCCUAAUCCCAACUCUUUUGCUUCUGAUCGACCAGACUCUUCUUUUGUCAUUAGUGAAUCUAUUGGAAUGUAUCAUAACGAAUCCAGUCCCAGCUCUGUAGAGAUUAGCUCUAGUCAAGUCAUCAAGAAUAUUGGAAUGAGUCAGUUGGAUCUUGAGGAGAGAACAGAUGACGUCAGUAGUUCAUCGGUGCCGACUUUAAGUCAGGCAUUACGAAGGAUUGAAGAGCAAUUGAGUUUAAAUGAUGAUGAGGUGAAAGAAAUUGACAGAAUCUACAUCGAGAAUGAGGAUUCAAAUGAUCUAGAAGACAUGCUACGUGAUUAUGAAUUUUCUGGUCAGACACUACUAAAUGGUCCACAGGAUCUUCUUUCACAGAAACCAGAUGACCAAGUUCGGCAACAUCAACAACUGUCAGUGGCCGAUGUUGACAUUUGGCAAGAGAUGCUGGAUGGAUCCAAGACUUUGCUGAAUGAUGAUUCACAAACACAAUCUGAGAGACACGAUGCUUCUUCUUUGAUUUUCCAAGAAGUAGAUUCACUGAAAUUUGAUGCAUAUUCUCCUCUAUCAAAUGCUUAUGGGACCACUGCAGACUAUACGUCAUUAUUUGACCAAGAUGGAUUGGGAAUUUCUCCUGAAAACAAUAUAAGUUUGACUGUUGCUCAAAAGCAGAAGUUCACUAUCCGUGAGAUAUCUCCAGAGUGGUGUUAUACCUCUGACGGAGCAAAGAUCAUCAUUGUUGGGUCUUUCUUCUCCGAUCCAUCAGAGUGUGCAUGGGCUUGUAUGAUUGGUGACACUGAAGUUCCAGUUGAGAUUAUUCAGGAAGGUGUCCUCCGCUGCAAUGCUCCACUUCACUUGCAGGGAAAAGUCAAUAUUUGUAUUACUUCUGGGAAUCGGGAGUCUUGCAGCGAAGUCAGAGAAUUUGAAUAUCGUGCUAAGCCUAAUCUUUGUACGCACAGUAAUCAACCUGAAACAGAGACUAAUAAGAGUUCUGAAGAACUCUUGUUGCUUGUCAGAUUUGUGCAAAUGCUUCUAUCUGAUCUCCUGCCAAAAGAAGAUGACUAUGAAUCAAGAAUUGAUUCGUUUGGCAAAUCAAGAGUAGCUGAAGAAGACUCAUGGAACCAAAUCAUUGAUGCACUUUUAGUUGGCACUUCAACAUCAUCAAGUACUCUUGAUUGGCUUCUGCAAGAACUUUUGAAAGACAAGAUGGAAGUGUGGCUUUCGUCUAAGUUACAAAAGAAUAACCAUUUAUCAAAGAAAGAACAAGGUAUCAUACACAUGGUUGCUGGAUUGGGAUUUGAGUGGGCAUUGCAACCAAUUGUGAAUGCAGGAGUAAGCAUUAAUUUCCGUGACAUUAAUGGAUGGACUGCGCUUCAUUGGGCUGCACGAUUUGGGAGGGAAAAGAUGGUGGCUGCUCUCAUGGCAUCUGGUGCAUCAGCUGGUGCAGUUACAGAUCCCAAUACACAGGACCCUAUUGGUAAAACACCAGCAUCAAUUGCUGCCACCUGUGGCCACAAAGGACUCGCAGGGUAUCUCUCAGAAGUUUCACUAAUUAGCCACCUUUCAUCCCUCACACUGGAGGAAAGUGAGCUAUCUAAGGGGUCAGCUGCCUUGGAAGCAGAAAGAACAAUAAAUAGUUUAUCAAGAGAAAGUUCCUCCGCAAACGAGGAUGAGGAUUCUCUUAGGCAUACUCUGGAUGCGGUACGUAAUGCUACUCAAGCUGCAGCACGAAUACAAUCUGCAUUCCGUGCUCAUUCCUUCCGGAAGAGGCAGCAGACAGAAGUUGCAGUUGCGAUGGCCGGUGCUUAUGGUGAUGACUACGCUUUGUUAGCUAAUGACAUUCACGGGCUUUCAGCCGCAUCAAAGCUGGCAUUCCGCAAUGCACGUGAGUACAACUCGGCUGCUUUAUCUAUUCAAAAGAAAUACAGAGGCUGGAAAGGUAGGAAGGACUUCCUUUCAUUGCGCCAGAAAGUUGUGAAGAUACAGGCUCAUGUGAGGGGGUAUCAAGUUAGGAAAAAUUACAAGGUAUGUUGGGCAGUUGGUAUACUGGAGAAGGUUGUCUUAAGAUGGCGCAGAAGAGGAGUUGGUUUACGUGGGUUUCGGCACGACUCGGAAUCAAUUGAUGAGAGUGAGGAUGAAGACAUACUUAAGGUUUUCCGAAAGCAGAAAGUGGAUAAAGCUAUUGAUGAAGCUGUCGCUAGAGUGCUGUCUAUGGUCGAAUCUACAGAGGCACGUCAGCAAUAUCAUCGCAUUCUCCAAAAAUAUCGUCAAGCUAAGGCCGAGCUUGUAACCGCAGAAUCUGAUACAGCAUCUUCUUCUCGUCUUGACAUUUCUUCAGAUCAAGGCAUUACCAGUAUGGAAAAUGAUCAGAUUUACCACUCAAUUUAAGUUGCACUUUCUGGUAAUUCGGUUACUUCCAGUUUUAGAGGCUGUAUAGAAAUACUACAAGUAAAUUUGGUUUUAACUCGUGAAUUUGGUUGUCAUUACAAAGGUAGUUUGUGCAGUAGGAGAUUCUAUCUGAACGAUGGUAUUUUAGAUUGUUAAUUGAUGAUGGCUUAAUAAGUAUAGUGAAAAAUUGACUUGGUAAAAA